ACCUGUGUCAGUGGGUGUGUCCGAUACCCUGAAGGUUUGGUGACACACACACACAUAAGGCCACAGAGCCGGUUGCCUCAGACAGAAAAAGGAUAGUCAUGGGGAAGACAGGUGGAAGAGGUGACUUUGAAUGGGUCUACAAUGAACAGCCGCACACUUCAAGAAGAACAGAAAUCUUGGCCAAAUAUCCAGAGAUCAAGUCUCUGAUGGGUCCGGACCCGCGGCUGAAGUGGGUGGUAUCAGCCAUGGUCCUUACCCAGCUCCUGGCCUGCUACCUGGUCCACGACCUCUCCUGGAAGUGGAUCUUUUUCUGGGCUUACGCCUUCGGAGGCUGCAUUAACCACUCCCUGACUCUGGCUAUCCACGACAUCUCUCACAACGUGGCCUUUGGCAACAAGCUGGCAAAGUGGAACCGCUGGUUUGCCAUGUGGGCCAACCUGCCCAUCGGGUUGCCUUACUCUGCCUCCUUUAAGAAGUACCACAUCGACCACCAUCGGUAUCUUGGUGGCGACAAGCUGGAUGUUGACAUCCCUACAGACAUUGAGGGAUGGUUCUUCUGCACCCCGGCCAGGAAAGUCCUCUGGCUCUUCCUCCAGCCCUUCUUCUACGCCUUUCGUCCAUUGAUAGUGAACCCUAAGCCAGUGGGUCAACUGGAGAUCCUUAACGCAGCUGUUCAGCUCGCAGUUGAUUUAAUUAUCUACAAUCUAUGGGGGCUGAAGCCCAUUGUUUACCUCAUUGCAGGUUCUGUCCUGUGUUUGGGACUGCAUCCUAUCUCUGGACAUUUCAUAGCUGAGCAUUACAUGUUCCUGAAGGGACAUGAGACAUAUUCCUACUAUGGACCAUUGAACUGGAUCACCUUCAAUGUUGGUUAUCAUAUGGAGCACCAUGACUUCCCGAGUAUACCUGGCAGUAAACUACCUCAGGUCAAGCAAAUCGCAGCAGAGUAUUACGACUUCCUGCCUCAACAUACGUCCUGGAUCCGGGUAUUAUGGGACUUUGUGUUCGACGACAGCAUCGGCCCCUACGCCAGAAUCAAACGGGAGUACAAGCUAAAAAAGCAGGGAUAGAUCAGGGACAUGAGGUUUCCCUUUGAACAGGAAUGUGAAUUUCAGUUGUUAAAAAUCUAUGGAGCGAUCUCAUUAUAUUCUGUAGUUUAAAUGUCCCCCCCCCCCCAUGUAGUGUGUGUGGUUGUCGCUGUACGUAAACUUUGUAACAUCUUAAACCAGUCCUGUACUUGUUACUAUAUGGAAAAUGAAUGUGCAUAUUUCAGUUGCAUACAUUCGUACGUCAUGGAGAAAUCGGACCCAGCUAGAUGGUUUCCUUACACACUAUUUAUUAUUUUAUAAUGCUUCUGUUCCUGCUUAAACAGCCCGUUGUUGUGAUGCAGUGAUGGCAUUUCCUUGUAUUUAGAAGGCCCUGAGAAGUUGCAAAAUAAGAUAAUAAAAUCCUAAUUUCUUUAAGAUAAAGGUCACAUACAUUCUCAUGUUUAACAGAGAUGGCACUAACUGUGGUUUCACUUUCCUCCCUAUAAGCAUUACUGUACGCCUUCUGAAUGUCUAAAUGUGAGAAUAACCGAGGCCCUCGAAGCCUCUCAGAUUACAUAAUAUAUAAUUUCCAAUCCUUCACGCAGAACAGUGCUGAGAUGGAAAAUAAGCAUUGAAACUUACCUUUUGGUAAGAAGCGCUUUUUCUUCAGUGACGCCUGUAAACCGUUUGAUUACAUCUACAAGGAGAGGACACAACAACAGAAACACCUUUUUUAUAAUGCAAAAAGUAGUUAUUUAGGAAACUGAGUCUGAUGUUUGGUUUUUUUUUUUUAAACUGUCAGGAGUGCUGAAUUAUCUCUGGUCAUUUCAUGUUGCUCAGCAAGUCUCUUUCAGUCAGUGUUAGUGAGUCUUCUGGUGACCGCCCGUCCUCCACAAACUACAGCCAAUCAACACUUCUGAAUUCCGAAAACAUUACAAGUUUUACCAAAUUAGUAUUUACUGCAGGGAUAUGGUGUUUCUGUUAUUUUGUCUACUCUCUUGCAUGCACAAUUUAAUCUAUGCGUUGUGACUGAAAAGCUUUAUCUUUGAUUCUAUUUAUGACUGUACAAUAUAUUAAAACUUUAAAUGAUCUUUUAUAUGACUUUGUG